CUCUAAUCUAAACAAAUCUACUCUAAUCUACUCUAAUCUAAUCUACUCUAAUCUAAUAUUUAUUAUUUUAAUUGUUCCCUGGAAUAUUAUCCCAUACACCAUCAAGCCUUCUCAUCCCACUGGACACAGACGCCAAAUCAACAUCUUUUCCACGUGGGUUCAAUUUAAUUUCCAUGACAUGGAAACAACGUUGAUUCAACCAGUGUGUGCUCAGUGGGAAGUUAGUGGUGCUGGGGAUGACAUGAUCAAAGUUCACUAUAAAGAAACAUAACGUAUAUUUUUUACAAUAUCAAAGCAGCCAGACAAUAUCUAGUAAAAUGUCCUUGUGGUCCUUGCCAAGUAUUUCAACUGCAUCAUCGUUACUGAGUGUCAUAGAUGUGUUCUUUGCAUUCUACACAUUGAGGCAGGAAUAUUGACCUUCAAUUCUCAUAUGCAAGAAAAAGUUAAAUGUAACAUUGUGUGUUUUGUUUAGUUGGUACGUUAAUGUGAGGUAAACCCUGGCAUGCUCUCAAGGUGUAGAAGUCAAUAAAACAUGAACUUUAAAUCGAUUUUGACCCUCCCCUUUUGCCCCUGGAUAAUACGGCUUGACGGGAAAAGGUUGUCUUGCUGGAACAAACAUAGCUAUGUCAAUAGACGGUAAACAGACAGGUUAUUGUCAGUACACAUUUGUUCAGCAUAUUUGGUGAUUCAUCAAUGACCUUACAAAUGGAGCUUAUCAUCAUUACAAUCAACAUUCAAAGUAUUUGCUACCUGUCUAAAUGUCUUUCUAUCUCUAAAUCUAUGCUCUUCAGAUUAGAUAUGUCUCUAUAUAGCUGACCAAAUGAUUUGCACUUUUAAAUUGGUUUUGAUUUGCUCAAAUUACUGAAUAGACUGAACCAAUGCAGUUCCUACAUUGAGCAUUUUCCUCAGUGUUUCCCCUCCCCGCAAUGUAGGUUUGAUUGAAUUCUAGUAUUUGGGUCAGUCCCCCUGGACAGUGGUUCUCUUCAGUGCUCCCUGGGGGCUGGAACUCUGUAGACAAACAUUAACUUUGGGGUAGACACUCUAUAUUUAUGUUCUACUCCUUCCAUUUUUACUGCAUCUACCAUUUGAUCAACAUGAAAUCAUCUCUGACUCUGCUGUGUCUGGUGGUAUGGGUGAAUGUGGAUGCUUCAUCAGCUCAGACUGUGUGCAGUGGACCUCUUCCAAAUGUGCCCGAUGCCAGGGUCACUGAGGAAAGCGUCAAAAAUGAGUACAAAGAGGACGACAUUGUCCUUUUUUCCUGCAACUUUGGCUUUGUACCAGUAGGCAGAAUAAGUUAUCAGUGUAAGAAGAAUAAGUGGGUGGUGGUCCGUCAGGGGAAAUGCAAGCCUAAACCAUGUGAGCUCCCUGAUGAAACUGCCAAUGGCCACUACAGGAUCCACGUUGGAGAUGACUAUGUCUUUGGAGCCACUAUCAAAUACACUUGCAAUGACGGUUAUCAGAUUGUGAGCAAAAUGGACAACAGAACCUGUAUGGUGGCAGGAUGGAGCAACCACCUGCCCUUAUGUGAAGUGGUGAGUUGUGUCCCCGAGGCUACAGAUGGACGGGUGGUUGUGAGCGGUCUGCCAGAUGAUGAUGGUGUUAUACAGUACGGUCAUGAGCUCAAGUUCAGCUGCCCCAACCCAGCACACCAGCUGAAGGGAAACCCACAGGUAGUGUGUGCCGCGGGGGGGAUGUGGAACAACCGUUUCCCAACCUGUGAAGAUGUAACUUGUGAAGCUGCAGAGAAGAUUAAGAAUGUGAACGUGAUAGGAAUUCCCCAAAACAACAACAACAUGAAGUAUGGACACAGGCUACAGUUUGAGUGCAGCAACUCUAAACACGUUCUGAAGGGGAAAUCAGAGGUCACCUGCUCAGUCAAUGGACAGUGGAGUCACUCCAUUCCAAUUUGUUAUGAGCCCAAGGAUUUCUGUGGACCACCUCCACAUGUCAAUAACGGAGACACAAUGGGCGGUACCAGAGAACGCUACAGAAAUGGAGAAUCAGUUCAUUAUGUCUGCCAGAAAUACUACAUCCUUGAUCCCCCUUCAGCGUACAAGAAGUGUCGUGACGGGAUCUGGACACAACCGAUAACCUGUCUGAAACCCUGCACUGUGGAUGAAGAGCUGAUGAACACACAGAACAUCCAAUUUAAAUAUCCUCCGGAAGAUCAAAAAGUCUAUGCCACACAUGGAGAUCAUACCACUUUUAUGUGUACUGGUCAUCUUAGACUGAGCCCAGGUAGUGUUGGUUUUCAUCAGCAGUGUAUAAAUGGGGUCAUGAACUUGCCUCAUUGCCAAUAGUGGCUUCGUCUUACGCAAAGAGAUGGCCACUUGCUUGUUGGGCAUACAUGUCAAUGAAUAACCCCUGUCAAUAGUUUUCUCAAAUUAUUUUCAGAUUCAUUGUCUGAAUAAAUGUAUGGUAUUUCAUGAUUGUCCAACAUGAAAUAAAGUGCUGCUGGUUCAUAUUUA